UGAGAGCAGAGCUUAGCCCGCUCUAAAACGCGGCGGCGGCAACGGUUGUUGUUGACGGUUUUACUUUACGUGUUUCGGUUUCGAGUCGAGUCGUAAUUUGUUCGCCCUAGCGUAACAACGUGCGUAUAUACAUAUAAGAAACAAAGAUCAAACUAUAUUCGUUCGGGCCGAAACCCACCGACCAAAGGCUCAACAUGGCCGCGCAGGCGCUUAAUGAACAAUAUUCUGCUCUACCCUAUGCGGAUGAGGAGGAUCCAGAUCCAGAUCCAGAAAUGCCAAAAACCAUAAUAUCAACUCCAAUUCGCAAACAGUCAUUGGGCGCUCGUCGUGGUGUCGAGCUGCAACAUUUGCGAGUGGUCAAUGAAGUGGAACCGACAGCUCAGGCUCCAUUGCCGUUGCCGCCUACAUCAUCAUCAUCAUCAACAUCAUCAUCGGCGGCGUCAUCGCCAGAGGCAGAGCAUUUCAGUCAUGGCCUGAGACGGAAUUCAAUCUCAUUGCCGUCGGGCAUCAAUGCCUUGGACUUGGAGGCACUACGUCUGCGGCAUCAAAUGCAGGCUCAGGAUCCCCUUCACGAAGAGCACAGUCAAACAGGCAGUAUUGUCGAUGAAAUGACAUCCAGCAUUGGGACACCGGCUACAACAGCGGUCAAUACACCGGAUAAAGGUGUCAGUCUAACGGCCAUUAAUUUCAAUCGAAAUCAUGACAGCCAUGAUGAUGAUGAUGACGAUGACGAUGAGUUUGGCAAUCUCAAGAAGCCAGUUUAUCGUGAUCGCUUUCGCAGCCGGCGACGUGCCUCGAUUGCCCCCCUGCCCGCUCUACGUCUCAACAGUAAGGAGAUGUUGGCCAGCGAUUUCGAUACCCAUAGUCUCGCUAGCAAUCAGGCAUCCAUAACGAGUGUCAACUCGUUGGCCAGCUUAUUGCGCGAGAAGAUGCAGGCAUUCCCCCAGUUGAUACGCAAGAAGAAGCGAGAGACCAAGGACUAUAAAAUCAAGAUAUUUGUCAUUAUAAUGUUUUUCAUCAUCAUAUUUUUGAUCGGCUAUGCCUAUAUUGCCUAUCAUCAGCAAGUGCUGACCCGUAGCUAUUUCCAGAAGAUCAAAUUCAAUUCGAAGGAUCGCAUAUUUCGCAUACUGAAUCACGAGGACAAGGAGGUGAUCUCUGGCCAAUUGGGGGUAACUCUGGGCAGUGACACGGCGCCAUUCCAUUGCCUGGACGAGCACAGACGUAGCGAUGGCAGCGUGUGCAUCGAAUGGAAUGGCAUCGCCCGUUUGCAUAUGAAUUUCCAGGACAAGGAUGUCUUCCGUUGCUAUACCCUGCAAUGGCAGGCUCUGACGCCGGGUCUCCUGCCCACCGAUUGCUAUGAACUGAAGCGUGACAAUGGUCUGUGGUUCGGCGGUGGCAUCACCAAGGGCCAGGAAUGGUCACUGAGCUAUGCCAAUUUCGAUUUCAAGCCAUACGCCAGUGGCGAUAGCAAAGUCCAUCAAUUUGGCAAUGGGGUAAAGAGAUAUUUCAUCAAUUCGAUAGGUGUGGCCAUGCAGGUGAGCGAACGGACUCCCCUCCAGCUGGGCAUCAAUCGGACGGAGAAUCAAUUCUGCCUACGGGCAGCCAACGAUGAGUUCACCUUUGUGAAUCGUUUGACCGAAUUGCCGCAAUUGGACUACAAGAUCUGCACCACCGAGGAUAUGCGCAGCCUGCACAUGCUGAUGACCCAGCAGAGUCUGUGGGACGGCCUGAAGGAGCAGGAUAUCAAGGUGCUGCACUCGCUGCUCGAGGAGCCAGUGUGGCGCAUACCAACACAGGAGCGGGCCGAUUCCCUGAACGAGACGACCAUUUGUGAUUACUCGGAGAGCGCCAUUGCCAUGGGGUUGGGUCAUGUGGUGAUCAAUGAGUUCUGGCAGGAGAAUAUUGGUGACUUCACGGUGGAUCGUUCCCGGUUUCCCAAUCUCAAGGAUACCAUCGAUGUGCUGCAUCGUCGUGGCUUCAAGGUGGUCUUCACCAUUCAGCCAUUCAUCAGCACGGACAGUGAGAACUUCAAGGAUGCGGUAAGUCGCAAAUUGCUCAUCUACGAACGUCACUCGGAGCGCAGUAUUCCCGCCCUGACGCGCUACAAGAGCAGCUCAAGUGCCGGGGUAUUGGAUAUAACCAACAAUGCCUCCGUUCCUUGGCUGCUGGAGAAGUUGCAGCGCCUCAAGGAUGAGUAUGGUGUCAAGUCAUUCUACUUGGAUCUCGGCACGGGCUACAAUCUGCCGCAUUACUAUCAAUGUCGACAACCCCUGGACAAUCCCGAUACGUAUGCCCGUAUACUGACAGCAAGUCUGGAGAGUGCCGGCCUCAUGGCCGUCUCCACGGCCAGUGUGGUGCCCAAGCCGCCUACAUUCCUCAGUACGCCUCCGGCCAAUGCCACCUGGGAGGGUUUACGUGAAACUCUGGCUGCUGUCCUCAAUUAUGGCAUCAUUGGCUAUCCAUUUGUCCUGCCUGGGGCCAUUGGCGGUGAUUAUUUGCUAGAGCGUUCGCUCUCGAAAAUGAUUUCGUUCUAUUCCCUCGGCCAGCCGCCGUUGCCUGAUCAGGAGCUCUUCAUACGUUGGCUUCAGUUGGCCACAUUCCUGCCGGCCAUGCAGUUCAGUCAUCUGCCCAGCGAGUACAACAGCGAACUGGUCAAUCGGGUGGCCCAAGAGCUGAAGGAUGUGCGACAAACUGUGGUCAUUGCUCUGCUCAAAAAGUAUCUCAGUCCAUCGAUGAACGAGGGUUUGCCCUUGGUAAGACCCCUCUGGAUGCUGGAUCCCCAUGAUCCAGCCUGUCUCAUUGUCAGCGAUGAGUUCUCUGUGGGCGAGGAGCUGAUUGUGGCGCCCAUUCUCGAUGCGGGACGUGAGGAGCGUGAAGUUUAUCUGCCCCAGGGCGUAUGGAAGGAUGGCAUCGAUGGCUCCUUAAGAAAGGGCAGCCGUUGGAUGCAUGGCUAUCGAGUGCCCAAAGAUAAAAUUGCCUAUUUCCGCAAAAUGCCCGAUAAUACACGUUUUUAGCUAUCCCUCAGUCAUCAGCAUCCCCCCGCCCACCAUCCUGCACCCAGUCUACAGUCAUGUGAUAUGAUUAAACGCCAAUAAGAACAUAAUUAUCUAUCUAAAUAUAUAUCUUUCUAUAUAUACAAAGUAGAUGCUCACGGGUUAAAACUUUCAGAAAUAUGUAACAAAUUUAUUUAAUAAUAUUUUGUUUUUAUUUAAUAGAGUCUAGUCUAAAUGCUUUGAAUCUGGAACGUCUUCUAAAAAGGAUAAUAAUAUUUUGAGUUUUUUAUAGUUUUUGCUGAUGUGGAAAGAAAAACAAUUUCAAUUCAAUUUGUCAAUAGAGAAAAUGAGAUUUUAGGGCAAAUUUUGAUCAGAUUACUUGAACUACAGUCAUAAUUCCCUUAAGUGAACUUCUAUAUAAUGGUUUUAAUUCAAAGAUAUAGUAAUUAUAAUUUUUUUUUUGAUUGAAUUCUUUUUAAAAGAAGUUUGUCUAUAAAAUGAACUGCUAAAAUAUCCUUUUAUGGUGUUACAAUGAUCCUUAAUUGGGUUAAUAGCCAAAGAGGAUAGUUUGAUUCGGAUUUUGGGCAAAAACUAAAAAAAAAUUAACUCAAAGUUUAAAUAUUAUUUAUUUAUAUUGGCAUAAAAUUACGUUCAGAAAUUAGAAUUUUUCAGAAAUAUUAGAAUUAGCCGAGGUGAUUCUAAUUUGCGAGCGUCUACUGUAUAAAUAUAUAUAUAUAUAUAUUAUAUUCUAUCAACUAUUUACGAUAAGCUAAAAAUUACAUGUAAAUUAAGUUAAAUUUUCGUGUAUUGUUUGUUUUUUUUUGUUGAUUUAAGUACAACUUGGUCAUUGCUCGACUAUCAAAAUGCUUAUUUGUUAAAUAAA